UUUAACUAGAUUUUCAUUAGACUGUUAUCAGCAGUAGCUGAUGACUUAUUAUGAAAAUAUGUUUUGGGCGAUAUAUUUAUUGAGAAUUUUGUUACAGAAGAUGAAAACUGAAGAUAAGAAUAACAUGCCAAAGGUCCGAAUUGCAGUCAUUGGAAAAUCUAACGUUGGAAAAUCAGCUCUCACCGUACGAUAUUUGACUAGACGUUUCAUCGGAGAAUACAGAAGUAACACAGAUCUUUUAUACAAACAAACCCUGAACGUGAACAAUUCCUCUUUGGACGUGGAAAUAGUGGACGUAUGCAGCGGCGAAAUUCAAGCGUUUCCAGAAGAGGCCAUCUAUUGGGCUGACGCAUGCGUAGUGGUGUACGACAUAACGUGCAGAAAUUCCUUCACCCAAGCCGCAGAUAUGCUUCAAAGAGUUUUGCAGCUCAGAAACCAGAUCCCUACGGUAUUGCUGGGAAACAAAGCUGAUCUCGAACACCUCAGACAGAUCGAGGAACUAGAAGGCCAUACCGUAGCGAUCCAGAACAACUGCCACUUCCACGAGGUCUCAGUAGCAGACAACUCUUCCGCCAUUUACGCCUCCAUUGAUGCUCUGCUGGCCGAAUGUCGGUCCGCCCAAUCCACCCAAAAAACGAGAAAGUUUUCGGUUUCAAAGAUGUUCGGUACUCUGAUAGGGACAGCUAAUCACAACAAGAGUUCCCAGAAUACGACGCAAGGGGGCACUGUGGUCGUGUGCCACAAGUCGGACUUGUACAAGUCGCGGGUACUCCGAAGAAGGCAGAACUUCACUGCCACGGCCUCGCUUUGACUGUCGACGAGCAAGGAGCCUGCUGAGGCUCGAUGAAUUUGGAUCAGGAGCUGAGCCCUGAGGGGGACCGAUAGGCUCGGUGGUUUUGGGGGUUCCCAGUUUUAUGGGGACGCAGACCAGACCGAGGGUUGUACAGCUGUAUUAUUUUUCUGUAUAUGAUGACGGAAUGUGAUAGAUGAUGACGAGAUGAAUGACGAUAUUGAGAUAUGGUGGGAAUAAGUCGAAUGCAAAAGCUGAAGGGUUUCACCUACUUAUUUGUUUGUUUCAAAAUAAGAAUCCAGGUAUUUUUCAAGCUCCACGAGGGAUGGAUCAUCCUGUAUAUUUUUCAAGACUUUUUGGGUUCAUAGGUCCAGCUAAACAUUAAUUGAACU